AUGUACGUGGGUUAUCUUUUGGAUAAGGACAACAAUAUGUACCCCAAUCCUGUCAGGCACCCUGGCCUAAAUCUCAACCCCCAAAAUUAUGUUCCUGCGCCUCCUCAGUAUUCUGAUUUUGCCAGCUACCAUCACGUCCCUGGGAUUAACAGCGAUCCACAUCAUGGGCAACCUGGUGGCACCUGGAGCUCCCCGUAUGCUCCUAGCAGAGAUGAUUGGCAUUCUUAUGGACCAGGACCAACGGCAUCGUCUACCAACCCUGGACAGCUUGGAUUCAGCCCACCUGAUUUUAAUCCUGUUCAGCCACCAGGCUCUGGACUUUUGCCACCAUCUUUAAACAGCACUGCACCCCCUUUGUCCCCUAAUGCACAAAGGCGCAAUCCUUACGAUUGGAUGAGGCGUAGUGGAGUGCCACAAAGUAACCCCAGUAAUGGUAAGACAAGAACAAAAGACAAAUAUCGUGUUGUUUACACAGACCAUCAGCGUCUUGAGUUGGAGAAAGAAUUUCACUACAGCCGCUAUAUCACAAUACGCAGGAAGGCAGAAUUGGCAGCCACAUUGUCACUAACAGAGCGACAGGUAAAAAUCUGGUUCCAAAAUCGAAGGGCAAAAGAAAGAAAAGUAAAUAAAAAGAAGAUGCAACAGCAGAGCCAACAAGCGACCACCACCACACCAACACCCCCCGCUGUCGGCACCACUGCAGGGAUGGGAGGCAUUUGCAGUAGCAGUAGUAGCAACAGUAACAUGGUAUCACCAACAGCACUAACUAUCAAAGAAGAAUAUCUUUCAUGAAGUCUUUAGACCAACACGCACCAGGACUACCGAAAAGGUCCCUCUCAGAGUGAGCUUCUUAGGAAAUACCUAAAUGGGUCUAACGCAUUUUGGUGCCAGAACAUUUCCCUUCUUGUAAAGAACUGAUGACAAAAAAAAUUCCUCCACAACAAGAAGGAGCAGGGAUUUGUACCUGCCACAGGACUAUAUCUGGAAUAUGUUUGUGUUACUGUCUAUUUAAAAAGAAGGAACGUGGAAUUUAUGGUUGGAUUUUUUUCUAUCCUGUACAUAAUUUUUUUUCUAGUUUCUGCAAUGAACUUUUGUAUUGUAAAUGUCUUAAUUUUUUUCCUUUAUAGAGCUUGAGAAAACAUGUGAUAGAAAUCACGUAACAUAAUUAAUGAUAAAAGGCUCUUUUUUUCUAUAAAUGAAGGGUCAU